AUGGACGCCGACGCUCCCACUCACCCUGUCGACGACUGUAACGCCAACUUUACCAUGAGCGAUCACAACGACGUACAGCAUUCGCCGAAUACUUCCCCAAAUCCACCAACCCUGGAUGGAAGCCGCUUCCCCCACAUCCUCGACCGCAUCAUCGAACUUGCUCCCAUCCUCGCCCUGGUCAAUCUCCACGACGUCUCGCGCUACGUCCGCGCCCAAGCUGAACUGCAACUCUCCCGCCACCUCCGUGUCACCCGUACCAUGUACGGCGCAACCACAUUUGCCGGCGUCACCCACGAGUAUUGCCUGGAGCCAUGGGAGUACGAGUCGGACUUCCCGAGCUGGAAGCCUAGCCGCCCCUUGUGUCUUGGCGACGAUUGCCUAUGUGGGCCUGGUCUGACUCCUGCAGCAGCCUUCAAGGCGGCCCACAAGCACGGGUAUUGGCCCGAAGCAGGGUUUUCCGCGGAUCGGCGCUUUGGGAACGCCGUGCAGAGUCGGUUCGGAUACCUCACCCACGUCGUGAGCCGCCUCCUAUGUGCUCUCGACCACCUGACGUUGACCCUUGUUGGACUUGACGAGGUGGCUGGGCCGGAUAUUGGCAUGCCAUUUGUGCGUCCGCUCAAGUCUGGCGCGGACAACGCCGCAGAGGUGGAGAAGUGGUUCUACGGCAAGGUGACGGAAUACCUACGUGAAUCCCCGAGGAUUGGUGGCAUGGGAGAGGAGGCAGUACAGGAUGCACUGUGCAAGGUGUAUUUCAAGGACCGUGAAACGUGGCUUGAAGAGGACCACGGCGAUUUCGAUCUGGACGACUGGAACCCUUUCGGCGAUGAACGCUUUUAA